GCUAAGGCUAUGAUAUUUCUUCGCCACCACCUCCAUGAAGGUCUUAAGAUUGAGUACUUGACUGUGAAAGAUCCACAAGUCCUUUGGAGUAAUCUAAAGGAAAGGUAUGACCACCAGAAAACUGUAAUACUACCCAAAGCUCGUUAUGACUGGUUACAUUUAAGACUACAAGACUUUAAGUCUGUAAGUGAAUAUAACUCAGCUAUGUUCAGAAUUACUUCACAGUUGAAAUUAUGUGGAGAGAAAAUCACUGAUGCAGAAAUGCUAGAGAAAACAUACACUACCUUUCAUGCGAAUAAUGUUGUCCUGCAGACACAAUACCGUGAAAAGGAAUUUAAGAAAUAUUCUGAACUUAUAUCUUGUCUCCUUGUGGCUGAGCAAAAUAAUGAGCUACUGAUGAAAAAUCAUGAAUCACGUCCAACUGGUUCUGCUCCAUUCCCUGAAGCGAAUGCGACAUCCCAUAAUGGGAAAGAAAAAUAUCAUGCCAACAAUAGUGGACGUGGACGUGGACGUGGACGUGGACGUGGACGUGGACGUGGACGUGGACAUGGAUAUGGACAUGGUCGUGGACGUGGACGUGGACGUGGAUAGGAUAUGGUCGAGGUCGAGGCCGAGGUGGUUAUUUCCAGAAUUCAUAUUCCCACCAGAAGGGGGACAAUAAAGAUGAUAACAAACAAGAGAAAGAUAAAAAUGAGAACGUGACCAAUGUAUGUUACAGAUGUGGAGGAAAAGGUCAUUGGUCUCGUACGUGUCGUACACCAAAAC